AUGCUGAAUGUUGCCUUGUUGUCUUUGCCCGCUCACCGUCUCCAUUUCAGCAAUGAGCUAGCUCAACGGCUAGACAACAUCCCCAUCGCCGAUGCCGCCGCUGCCGAAAACGCCUCCGUAGAGAACCGCUGGUGUCAACUGCGAGACACGGUCCAGUUGACGGCGCUCACCGUCCUCGUUCGCGCUCCCCGCCAACACCAGGACUGGUUCGACGACAACGACGCCGCCAUCAGAAAUCUGCUUGUUGAGAAGAACCGCUUACACAAAGCCUACGUCGAUCACCCCACUGACGACAACAAAGCUGCCUUCUACCGCAGUCGCCGCCAACUUCAGCAACGACUGCGCGAGAUGCAGGACGCCUGGACUGCUCGCAAAGCUGAGGAGAUCCAAGGCUACGCGGACCGCAACGAAUGGAAGAACUUCUUCUCUGCGAUCAAAGAUCUCUACGGUCCACCGACAAAUGGCGCUGCUCCUCUCCUCAGCGCCGACGGCAGCACUCUCCUGACUGAGAAGACGCAAAUCCUUCAGCGAUGA